AUGGAGUUUGCGGGCAAAGUUAUUGUGUCGGCCGCUGUUGCGGUGAGCCUAGCUUUCAUUUACAGGUUCUACAAACUGCGGGCUGCCAGUGCCGCACCAGGGCGAGCUGUGACAGAUUCGGGAGACUCGGAGAUCACGGAAUCGGGUGAAAACACCAGCAGGGACACGGGGCAAGGACUGCAGCCUUUGUUGAGUUUGCAAAGGGAGGAGAAUGCAGGAAACCCAGCCGGGUACAGGGAUCAGUGCCUCAAUAAAGCGGAGUUGAAAAGGCGGACGGUGGAUAGGGCGAGUGAUGGUUGUGAGCAAGGAACAGAGCACCUCCAGGACACAACCAGCGGGAGAGGGAUGGUCAGAACCCACAGGCUGAAGGUGGAGGUUAGACGCCUGGCUUUAUGCAGGCCACUGAGAAACCACCUGGUCAGGAAAGGGCUGGCAGAGGGACAGGAUAAAGCUCCAACUCUGACAGUUUCAGGCCAUAGGGAGUGCGUCGACACCAGCUACCCAGCUGAGGAAUAUGACCGACCCAACCUCACCAACACAAGCUCAGCAUGGGCAUGGGCUAGCGGAAUAAGCUGUGAAGGCGACACAACAGACGCGAAACAGAAUCGGUUCAUAAAUACCAACUCUCCAACAUCUUGUAAUCGAGAACUAGAUGUUCGUAUCAACGGGGAGCCUCAGAAUCACAUCUUCUUUGACGUACUGAGUGCUGACAACGGCACACAGAAAGGAAAUCUGUCUGCAAGUCUUAUUGAGAAGCCCCGUGAUCCUCACACUUCGCCUCCCUCUGAUCUGAUUAGUGACACGCCAGAGAAAGCCGUGGAAAAUCAGCCUUCUGAACUCCCCGAAAAUCAGAUGCAUAAGAAUGUCACCUUCAGGCAGGGCACAGCAGGGGGUUCCAGAGAAGAAGAGAAUCCCUCUAGUGCCUGUGAGUUACACCCUGACAGCAGAAUUGGAAGAUCUAGCGCUCUCCAUGUUUCCCCCACAUGUCAAGACAAACAUGAAAGAGUCAAAAUUGGCAAUGGAUCGGAAGCUGGGCUAAAGGUUUCACAGUUAUGUGGGGAAGUGAAUCUAUCUGAUCACAAGAUAAUUUCAACUUCAGAAAUGGAAACUGAGUGGAAAGCAUAUGGGGACAGAAGUAACAGCUGUUCUGCUACUCAAAUUAUAAAAGAACCAGCUUCCCUUGAUGUGGACCACCUCAAGACACCAGCUUCCCAGUGCCAGAGGAGACACCAGCUCAACGUGUGCCCCACAGGCGCAACUCAGGAUAACAUAAUGUUCUGUCAGAGCCUGACUGUCCAAACAAAAGUAGUCAAUUCCUCUGAAUCUGACUUCAGUCCUUCUGAGCAUCCAGAGGCUUCUGACAUUUCUUCUGAGGCACCUUGCUGUUCAAUCAAGUCUGCCAUCACAACUAUAAAGGAGGGAAGAACUGUCCUCAGGAAAGAUAGUAUUUCAGCAAUUGCAGAGACCCCAGCAUUUUUAAUUGAAUUUGACUCAGAGACAAGGGAGUGCUGGGAGAAAGGUCACUCUAAUGAACUGAACUCUAGAGCUCCUUCUGUUGAUGACCUCCGCUCCAGUUCUUUGGGCUCACUGGUAGAUUCAUUGUAUUUGUCCCAAUCAGACCUCAGCAAGGAAACACCUGUGGAAGUUAUUGCCAGAGCUAAUUUUAUUCACAUCCCUUUGAACAAUCAAUCAACUGUUGAAGUCAUGAAAUGCCGCUUGGCUCUGGAGAAUUGUUAUGAGAUUUUGUGUGUUGCAAAGAAACACAAUUUAAAGGACCUGCAGGAUGCUGCUUAUCAAGUCAUGAGUGACAAUUACUUACAAGUUUUGAAAAACCCAAACAUUUAUGGUCAAUUAAAAGCCGAUGAGAGAGAAUUGAUCCUGAUGAGAAGGAUGAAUGGCAGAACAUAUUUAAUGGUAGCCAGUGUAGAUGUUCAAGAGAAUUACUGGGCUAAGACCAUAGUUCAACCCAACACAGAAGAUCAAACCAGUGUCAGGCCACCAAAACCUCCUCAAACCAAGCACACACUUUACUAUUACAAGGAAGAGCAUGAUUCUUGGUAUCCAUUAGUUAAUAUAGCCGUUGAAUCAAUCUCCAAAGAUUGUGCAUUGUGCACCAUGUACAAUUAUCUUUUUGUUGUGGCUGGUUGUCAGAGAUCUGGCAAGGAAAUCAAACUUUCCAAUAAGGUAUUCUGUUACAAUCCAGUGACAAACAUUUGGAGUGAGAUAUGUCCACUCAAUCAGGCCAGGCCCAAUUGUAAGCUUGUGGCUUUGGAUGGGUAUCUUUAUGCAAUUGGAGGAGAGUGCCUUUCUACAGUAGAGAGGUAUGAUCCUAGAACAGACAGAUGGAUCUUCAUUGCACCACUACCACAAGGAACCUUUUCUAUGACAUACAAAGCUACAGUGUGCAAUGGUGAGAUUUACGUGACCAGGGGUACCUUCUACUAUCAGCUUCUCAAGUACAAUGCUAGAGAAGACACGUGGAAUGUUUGCAGCACGAUGAGCAGGAAGGACAAGACCACUGAUAUAGCUGCAAUCAAAAACUUCAUCUACAGAUUUGAGAUUAACCAACAGCAUGGUAUCAGUGUGUACCAAUAUCAUGUUAUCACCAAAACUGGUUAUGAAUGUGCCACCAAAAGGCACUGCAAGCUAGCACCAUUUCAGUGCGCUGUCAUGAAUGAUACGAUUUAUUGCAUAAAUAAGCAUUUCAUGGUGCAGUUUGUUGCUCACGAAUUAUCACCCUAUUUCAGAGCAGAAGAUUACACUGCCCUUCCUGAAGCGAAGGGAGUCUUUUUCCCCUUUAUACUUACACUGCCAGAAAGACUGUCAUUCCAGACUCGAGUGUAAAUACUUCAGGGGUACAGAGCAUAAACCUCUGCUGAAUAUCCUAA